GUUGCACACGUCAGCUACACAGUCUGAUUAUUUGCAUCACUAUUUUCGUGAUGUAGAAUAAAAUAUCGCAGAAAUAGCGAUUUUUAUGAUAUAAAGAAUUUUUUUCGAUCAAGACUUUUACAAAUAAUACUCCGAAAUGGUGCUCAUCGCUGCUUCGGUGUGUACCAAGGGAGGGAAGAUUAUUAUUUCUCGCCAAUUUGUUGAAAUGUCCAAGGCAAGAAUAGAAGGUUUACUUGCAGCAUUUCCAAAAUUGAUGAGCAGUGGCAAACAACACACAUUUGUUGAAACUGAUUCAGUUAGAUAUGUCUAUCAACCUUUGGAGAAAUUGUAUAUGCUGUUAAUAACAACAAAAGCUAGUAAUAUUUUAGAAGAUCUAGAAACCUUGCGCCUUUUUGCAAGAGUGAUUCCAGAAUACUGUAAAUCAUUGGAUGAAUUAGAAAUAGCAGAAAAUGCAUUCAAUUUAAUAUUUGCAUUUGAUGAAAUAGUUGCACUGGGUUACAGGGAAAAUGUUAAUUUAGCACAGAUUAGAACAUUUGUGGAAAUGGAUUCACAUGAGGAGAGGGUAUAUCAAGCAGUCAGAUUCACACAAGAAAGAGAGGCUAAGAACAAGAUGAGAGAAAAAGCUAAGGAACUUCAAAGACAAAGACUAGAAGCUAAUAAAAAAAGUACAGGAAUUAAAAGUACAGGCUUUGGUGGAGGUUAUGGAAGUGGAAAUAACUUUACUCCAACACCAAGUGUUGGCGAUACUGCAAAUUACAUUCCUGAACCUGCUAAGUCAGCUUACACACCAAUGCAAAAACCAAGUUCACUUAGUUCAAGUGCAAUGAAAUUGGGAGGUAAAUCAAGGGAUGUUGAUUCAUUUGUUGAUCAAUUAAAAGAAGAGGGAGAAAAUGUUGUUACAUCUCAUUCAAACACGUCUGCUAAAGUUGUAUCAAAUACUGUAGAUAGUGGAUCAACAGAACCAGUUCACCUUAAACAAGAAGAAAAACUUAAUGUUCGAGUUAGUCGCGAUGGUGGAGUUAAAAACUUUGAAUUACACGGUUUGGUGACACUUAACAUAUCAGAUGAAAAAUGGGGCCGUAUUCGCGUUCAAUUAGAUAACAAAGAUAAUAGAGGAAUGCAACUACAGACUCAUCCAAAUGUAGAUAAAGAACUGUUCAAGACAAAGGGACAAAUUGGUUUAAAAGUUCCAUCAAAGCCAUUUCCUUUACAUACCGAUGUUGGUGUAUUGAAAUGGCGCUUGCAAUCUCAAGAAGAGAUCGUUUUACCCAUCUCAAUAAAUUGCUGGCCUUCUGAAAACGGCGAAGGAGGCUGCGACGUUAAUAUUGAAUAUGAAUUGGAACAUAAAAAUUUAGAGUUGAAUGAUGUUCAAAUAAACAUUCCUUUGCCUAUGGGUAGCAAUCCAAUAGUAAGUGAGUGUGAUGGGCAAUAUUCUUAUGAAGCAAGAAAAAAUAUAUUACUUUGGUCCUUGCCAAUAAUUGAUGCAUCUUCAAAAUCUGGAGCAAUGGAAUUUUCUGUUCCAAAUUCAAGGCCAUCAGACUUUUUUCCAUUACGGGUUUCAUUUACUUCAAAAACGCCAUAUGCAAGGAUCUCGAUCAUCGACGUUGUUCUGGUUGAUGAUGAUAGCCCUGUAAAACAUUCAGUGGAUACAGUCUUUAUUACAGACAAUUAUGAAGUGGUUUAAAUGAAAAGUUAACUUGUAUUUUUGUAUUUGUAUUUAUAAUGCUUUUUGGAUUAAAAUCAAAGAGCGUUUUGAUUGAUAUAAACACACUUGUUUUGAGAAGAAUUUUGUGGUUUUUGUUUACUAUAACAUUUAUAAUCAAUGAUUCAUUUUGGAUUCUAGACCUGACGUCUGAAAUGUAUUCAUUUUUUGACAUGAAUAUUACGAAUAAUGAAAAUUUCACAAUGCUUUUAAUGUUUAGAUGGAAAAAUGAGCUCACACGUUCAUAUUUUUAUUUCUGCGAUUACUUUCAGACGUUAUCUUCAUUAAAAAAAAUUACAAUAAAUAUAAUUACGAUUGUUUUCCUUUGCUAUUUAAUAAUUUUAUAAUUUUAAUUUAUAACUGUAAUAAUGAUUUAUUAU